CAGAUUUCGUAACGGACAAAACUCCCAUUUUUGCAAUUAAGAUCUGAAUUUGAGCGAUUAAAGUACCUUUUGGUUUCAGCGGGACUAAAGCUCUCUAAAGAAAAGCUAAGCAGAAAAGUGAAAAGUAAAAAAAAAACAAAAAGCAUGGUUCAGUGUAGCAACAACCUCCUCGGAAUUCUCAAUUUCUUCACCUUCCUCCUCUCAAUUCCAAUUCUCUCCGCCGGGAUCUGGCUCGGUAAAAAUGCAGCCACCGAGUGCGAACGAUUCCUCGACAAACCAAUCGUCGUUCUCGGAAUUUUCCUCAUGUUCGUCUCGAUCGCAGGUCUCGUCGGCGCUUGCUGCCGAGUCUCUUGCCUCCUCUGGCUUUACCUCUUCGCUAUGUUCCUCCUCAUUCUCCUCGGAUUCUGCUUCACAAUCUUCGCAUUCGCCGUCACUAACAAAGGAGCGGGCGAGGUUAUAUCCGAUCGAGGGUACAAAGAGUAUCGCGUCGGCGAUUACUCAAAUUGGCUGCAGAAACGUGUCAGCAAUGCUAAGAAUUGGGAACGGAUCAGGAGUUGUCUGAUGUACUCCGACGUUUGCUCCACUUACCGCACUCGUUAUUCCAGCAUUAACGUUGAAGACUUCUACAAGGCUAAUCUCAAUGCUCUUCAGUCUGGUUGCUGUAAGCCGUCCAACGACUGUAACUUCACCUAUGUAAACCCGACUACUUGGACAAAGACCCCUGGUCCAUACACAAACGAGGACUGUAAUGUCUGGGACAACAAACCAGGAACUCUAUGCUAUGACUGUCAAGCCUGCAAGGCUGGUUUGCUCGACAACAUCAAGACCUCAUGGAAAAAAGUGGCUCAGGUCAACAUUGUCUUCCUCAUAUUUCUCAUUAUCGUCUACUCCGUUGGCUGUUGCGCGUUCAGGAACAACAGGAAACGUAGCUGGUAUUAGAGCUUUAUGUGUUUAAAUAGCAGAGAUCCAAAUCAAGAUUGAGAUCAAAUGAAAGAUAUCUGAAGUGCUAUCAUCUUACUGUUAAGUAAGUUAAUGCAGAACUCGUUGAUGGCUUGUUUUUUGUAUUUAAGAUUGCAUUUCAAUGUAUCUUCUCUCUUAAAUUUGCAAUAUAUGAAUAAAUGAAUUACAAAAGCA